AUGCACAGUAUGCCUCUCAAUUUUCUCGCUCUAUUUGUUCUAUGCUGCUUUGUUGGAUUUUCUUAUGGACUCGAAUGCAACUUCGGUAAGUUUCUAAUAGAAAGGGUUCAAAUAUCUAUAAUUUGAAAACGGAUAAUUCUUAUCUCAACAAUACAAUUUCACAGAGCUUAGCUAUUCGGCUUACACAAGAACUAAUUUUUUUCAUCUUUAGGCAAGAACGGAUUCAAUCAGGUCUAUAACACGCGAAGCUGUCCAAGCGGUCAAAACUUUUGCGCAACGUGGGAAAAUAUCAUGAACAUUCACAUAAAAUGGUUUUUUUUUCAGAAUCGAAGAAAUUGACCAAGCCAAUAAUGUUGUUGACGUAACCAGGGAUUGCGUGGAUUCUUCCACGUGCACGGUUAGUUAUUUUCAUUGCGUUUCUUUACUAGUUAUAGAACAUUUUUUUGCAGCCAACAUGAAAGGGCAAUAAGGCUCACCCCAAGACUUUUCGAAAUUAAUUUGCAGUUUAUUAAAAAGGAAUUAAAGCGAUAGGACUCUGAUUAAUACCCUAAAACAGUUCUAUCCCAAACAUCAGCGCGACCGCGACGCUGUGAGCUAUCCAUAUGUAAAGAUUUCAAAAAUUCACUGAAUUCGCGUACACGGAACGGAAAGUACAAUGGCAGCUUCGAUUAUCAUGAAACUUCUUGAGAUUUCUCUUUAAAAAAAAAACCAUGAUCGCAAAAAAAAAAAUUUCUAGGCUUCUCCGUCUGGCUCUAAGACAAAAGUCCAGAAAAUUUGGACUGUAACUGUAAUCAAAGUUAUUUUAAAAAAAUUCCAGAAAAGUUUUCUCAAAUCCUCGAGCUGUGAAUAUCUAUGUUUUCCAAUAAUGUUCAAAUGGUAAAAUUUUCGAUUUCAGUCAAAUGGCUGUCAUGACACUGGAAGAAAUUAUGCUUCCCACUAUCAACGGAUCUGCUGCUGCAACAAGAACUACUGCAACGGCGCUACCACUGCUCUCACUUUCGGACUUCCCAUCGCAGCCUUGACCUACUACUUAUACAAAUCCCUUUGA